GUGUGUGAGAGAGAGAGAGAGCGAGAGUCGAGCGCAGUGUGAGGAGGAGAGAGAAAGAGAAGGGUAUCAGGUGAAGAGCUCGUACGGCCACGAGGAGGAGCGCGCUCCCGGAGCCAUGGUACCGGCGCGCACGCGGAGAAUCGCUGCGCAUUAGAUGACAGUGUUGUUUCUCUGUGUUUCACUGUGUUUCAUGGGAUAUUUCCGCGCCUAGCUGUCAUUCCAUCGCAGAGCACCGAGCUGCACGGGAGCCGCGCGCGCAACCGGCAACCAUGUCCAGGAAAAAGGCGGCAAAGGGCAAGAGCAGCGCGAGCAGCCCGUGUGCGUCGCCGCGCAGAAAGGCAGGCGGGAAGCGUGGCAAGGGCGGCUCCAGGUCCGAGCCCCAAGCCAACGGGCUGGCGCACCCGUGCAGACCCCCCGGCUUGAGCAGCAGUGGAGAGUUCUACGAUCUGGCGUUCAAGGUGAUGCUGGUUGGGGACUCUGGUGUGGGGAAGACCUGCCUGCUGGUGCGCUUCAAGGAUGGUGCCUUCCUGGCUGGGAGCUUCAUCUCCACAGUGGGGAUUGACUUCAGGAACAAGGUGUUGAACCUCGACGGCGUGAAGAUCAAGCUUCAGAUCUGGGACACGGCUGGACAGGAGCGAUUCCGGAGCGUCACACAUGCCUACUACCGUGAUGCCCAGGCUCUCCUGUUGCUGUAUGAUGUCACCAACAAGAAGUCUUUCGACAACAUCCAGGCCUGGCUUACGGAGAUCCACGAGUAUGCUCAGCAGGACGUCGUUCUGAUGCUACUGGGGAACAAGGCGGAAGUCACGCAUGAGAGGGUGGUGAAGAGAGAGGAGGGGGAGAAGCUGGCAAAGGAGUUUGGGGUGCCCUUCAUGGAGACGAGCGCCAAGUCCGGCCUCAACGUUGAGCUGGCGUUUACUGCCAUCGCCAACUGGGUAAUUUUUACUGGAUCACUUCAGGGUAAGUACCUUACUCAAGGGUAGUGUAGCAAGAGGUGGGAUUGAACCAUGGGCAUGACAGGCACCAUCAAGUCACAAAGGCAAAAGUAGUUCAGGUUUUACAGGGGAGAAUGAACUCGAACCCUAACCCUAAGGUUAGAUGUUCUUUCACAAAGACACAGUAAUGUAGGCUUGACAUGGAUGAAUGAACACCUAUGGCAUGAUCCUCUAACCCUAACCCGGGCUUCAAACCCAGGCAUGACGGCCACCAUCAUGUGACGAAUACACAGCAGCUCAGGCUUGGUUGACAUGCAUGAUUUUUGAUUGACCAUCAUCAUGUUUUUCACCCCUUACCCCGUAUGUCA